UCGUGGCUGCCUUUCGGCCCUGCCAGUUACUCUCUUGCCCGUCGCUUAAACUUGAGCGUUCCAGUACAUAGCAUAUUCAUAGUCACUGGGUAUAUGGCUCUUCCUACGCUGAUCUAACUUUAACGUCCUCCUAGUAAGAGCUUGUUAUCUAUACGUUUUGAAGCGUUGAUCUGCUCGCGGGAUACUUUUCAACUUGCAGUUUAUGUGAGAUAGGUGGAUGGUCAAGAAGCCUGAGUGGAAUGUGGAUGAGAGCUACCAUAUUUUAAAAGCAUCGCACCAAAAAAGCGUUCUGCGCAGUUACAAGUUGGCGCGCGCGAUUAGAGAAAGGUAUCGAUUGAAUGUGUCGUCCUUAUCUCAGUGCUAGUCUGCGUGGCUCGUUAGUAUAUCGGCCACUGACAGGACCAUCCUAGUCAGACUAACCAGAAAUAUUAUAAUCACAUUCAUGGAUCACAGGGCAUCUGAUCGUAAUUGAAAACACUUGUAGGACAAUACAAAUGGAGAAUAUGUAUUGGCAAAGAGCGGGUCAUGAUGCAAUGAAUUUCAGCUUCAGGAAUGUCUGAACUAGACACACAGCCAGCAAAAAAUCCUCCAACCCCUCUGCCUCUUGACGAACGUCUAUACGUUCUCAAGCCCGAGGCUUCAGCCUUCUUUAAAUCACACACUGGGAUUCACGAUGACGAUGCUCUGAAGAGUCACAUCCUGGACGUCCAAGCAAAGGCGUACAAAAUAUUUCCCUAUCCAUGCAUUCGUUUUCUAGGGUUCACCGAGACGACUAUAUAUAAUCUGCCUGCUUAUCAGCAUGUCUUGAAACUAGGCCAAGAACGCAAGGGCGCGAUCUUGCUCGAUAUUGGGUGCUGCUUCGGUGGUGACGUAAGAAAAGCCGUUGCAGAUGGCUUCCCGGUUCAGAAUGUGAUAGCUUCUGAUCUUCACGCGGAAUUCUGGGACCUGGGCCAUGAGCUAUUCAAGUCGACCCCAGAGACGUUCCCAGCGUCAUUCAUAUCUGGUGAUGCCUUUGAUGUGUCUUACCUCGAAGCUGUGCCUCCGAUCUACGAUGCUGUAGAAACUACAGUUCCCAAGUUGAACACUGUGACCACAUUGAACGCUCUUCGAGGGCACAUAUCCGCCCUGCAUGCUGCUGCGUUCUUCCAUUUGUUCAGUGAAGAGCAGCAGCUCGCAGUGGGAAGAUCCCUCGCCCCCCUUCUCUCCCCUCUUCCAGGCUCAGUCAUAUUUGGCUAUCACAUCGGCAAGAAGGAAAAGGGACUGAUAGAGAUGUUUGGCCAUACUCUAUUCUGUCACUGUCCCGAGACGUGGGCUGCUAUGUGGGACGGUGUAGUAUUUGCGAAGGGGACAGUGCGCGUGGAUGUCAAGCUACAGGAAAAGCGGCCUUCCAUGGAAUUGAGUCCGAAGGUAACGGGAAAUAUACCUGCUGAAGAGGCUAAAGCUAUGAUGUGGCUUGUAUGGUCGGUGACUCGCCUUUGAAGUUGGCCUUGGUACUCGUUGUAAUAAUACUAUCUCAAAUCUCUAUUUUGAAGUCUUGCCUAG